AUGCGGGGCAGUCCUGCGUUCUUCGCCAUAUUACUGGGCACGAUAUUCGGUGUCCUCGGCGCGUCUCUGAGCAAGGCGCUCCGGUACAAAGCGCCGGACGAAUGCAAGUGGGUCGCGAGCGGCGACACCGAGGACGACGUCUCGCUGGUCUGCCGUCUGAGGACGAUCAACAGCGAGCUGGAGAACACGAAUUUCAGCGUGAUACAGCCGCAGCACACGGUCCGUCUACGGCUGGAAUGCAGCGACGCGUUGUUCUAUCAGAGCUCGCUGAGCGCCGGCAGCUUCAGGCCGUUGGUCGAGCUACGCGAGCUGGUGAUCGAGUAUUGCAAGAUCGGUAAUCUGUCGGACGACGCGUUCAAAGGGUUGAAGGAGUUGCGUAAUCUGACCGUGAGGACGCACAACACCGACUGGUCGGCGAUGGCACUGGACGUGUCGGCCGGGGCGUUCACGGACGAGUUGAGGCAACUGGAGAAAUUGGAUCUCGGGGAAAACAACAUGUGGAGUAUACCGGAGGGCGCCCUGUGCCCCCUGGUCAAUCUAGAGAUCUUGAACCUGACGAGAAAUCGACUGCGCGAGGUGACGAGUUUCAGGUUCAACGGCGCGUCGAGAUGCCUGUCGAACCUGAAGGAACUGGACCUGAGCAACAACAGCAUCGAAUCGUUGCCGACCGCCGCGUUCUCCGGCCUGACCAGGCUGCACAGCCUCGAUCUACGGUGCAACGCCAUCAGCUUCAUGGCGGACCGCGCGUUCGAGGGCCUCUCCUCGUUGGCCAUCUUGAGGCUGGCGGACAAUCGGCUGGCCAGCCUGCCGCCCGAACUCUUCAGCGACGCGAGGAACAUCCAGGAGAUUCAUCUGAGGAAUAACACGUUGAACGUGCUGCCGCCGGGAUUGUUCAGUGAACUGACGCAGUUGUUGGUGCUCGAUUUGUCGCAUAACGAGUUAACCGCCGAGUGGGUGAACGCGGCUACCUUCGGUGGUUUGAUACGUUUAGUGGUGCUCGAUCUAUCGAACAAUCGUAUCGCUCGGCUAGAUCCGACGGUGUUCCGCGAUCUCUACAGCUUACAGAUUCUCCGGUUACAGGAGAAUCUACUCGAGAGUCUACCGGAGAACACGUUCUCCGCGCUCUAUAAUCUUCACACCUUGCUGCUCAGCUAUAAUUUGCUAACCGUUAUCGACGCGACCACGCUCAGCGGACUCUACGUGCUGAAUCUGCUCUCGUUGGACAACAACCGACUGCACACGAUACACCCGAGCUCCCUGAAAAACGCCUCGUCCCUGCAAGAGUUCCAUCUGAACCGUAACCAGCUAAAGUCCGUUCCGGACGCGCUGAAAGCCACUCCCCUUCUGCGAACCCUCGACCUCGGCGAGAAUCUCAUUUCGGAGAUACCGACCGGCACGUUCGACCACGUGGCGCAGCUUUACGGACUUCGAUUAACCGAAAAUCAUAUCGGCAAUCUCACCAAGGGUGUCUUCGAUCGUAUCAAGGAGCUAAAGAUAUUGAAUCUCGCGAUGAAUCGUAUACAGUACAUCGAACCCGGCACCUUCGACGAGAACCUGAAUCUGCAAGCGAUCCGUCUGGACGGCAAUCAACUCACGGACAUCGCCGGCCUCUUCACCAAUCUGCCCAAUCUCAUCUGGCUCAACGUGAGCGACAACAAACUCAGAUGGUUCGACUACGCGAUGAUACCGACCGGACUGAAAUGGCUCGACAUCCACUCGAACGAGAUACGCGAACUGGGCAACUACUUCGAGAUCGAGAGCCAGUUACAGCUGAGCAUCUUCGACGCCAGCGAGAACAAGCUCACCGAGAUCACCGGCAACGCGAUACCGAUGAGCGUCGAGAGGCUCUACCUAAACGACAACCAGAUAUCCAAGGUGCAGAGCUAUUCGUUCUUCAAGAAACCCAACCUGACCACGGUCGAGCUGAAGGGGAACCAGAUACGCAACCUGGAGCCGUACGCGUUGCGUAUCAGCGCCGUGCCACCGGAAAAAUCUCUGCCCGAGUUCUACAUAGGGGACAAUCAGUACCUGUGCGACUGCACCAUGGAAUGGUUGCAGCGCGUCAACCGACAGAAUCAGACCCGAGUGCAACCGCGCGUCAUGGACCUGGAGAGUAUCUACUGCAAGCUCCUAUACGAUCGCGAACACGCCUUCGUCCCGCUAGUCGAGGCGUCUCACUCGCAGUUCCUCUGCAAGUACGACACCCAUUGCUUCGCCCUCUGUCACUGUUGCGACUUUGACGCCUGCGACUGCGAGAUGACGUGCCCUCUGAACUGCACGUGUUACCACGAUCAAUCCUGGUCGGCCAACGUGGUCGACUGUUCCAACGGCGCUCACGCCAACAAGUUGCCCGAGCAGAUACCCAUGGACGCGACGCGGCUCUAUCUGGACGGGAACGACCUGCGCGUCGUGUCCAGUCACGCUUUCAUCGGUCGUAAGAAGCUGAAAGUCCUCUUUCUCAAUUCCUCCAACAUCGACAUCGUGCAGAACCGAUCGUUCAACGGCCUCAGGGACCUGGAGGAUCUACACCUGCAGGAUAACAGGAUUCGCGAGUUGAAGGGGCACGAGUUCGAGGGCUUGGACGCGCUCAAGCUUCUCUAUCUGCAUCGAAAUCGUAUCGUCUCGAUCGGCAACGACACCUUCUCGUCCCUUCGGUCGUUGCGCGUCCUACGACUGGAGAGCAAUCGCCUGACCACGUUGGCCGUGUGGACGCUACCCGGUUCCAUCGAGAUCAGUUUGUCCGGGAAUCCGUGGUCCUGCGAGUGCGACUAUCUGCAAAGUUACCGCGAGUGGAUCCGCGAGCCGAACGUGCGCGUGACGGACGCGUCGGCGUUGCGCUGCGUGUACAACGUGACGGAGUUCGAGGCGUUCGGCGACGAGGUGUUCGCGGACAACGAGUUCGGUUUCCUCGUGGCGAGCAACGACCGCGAGAAGAGCAACGACAGCGUGUGCACGGGCGCGGCCAGCAUCGACAACGACGUGCACCGUAAUUACACCAAGACCAUCAUCGAGAAACAGGUGUUACAGGACUACCUUCCGCUGUUGGUCGCCACGCUGGUCGGCUCCCUGUUGGUGGUGCUCCUCUGUAUGCUGGGGUUCGUGUUCCGUCAGGAGCUGCGCGUAUGGUUUCACUCGCGGUUCGGCGUGAGGAUAUUCUACAGAAACCACGAGGUGGAUCGGGACGAUCGGGACAAACUGUUCGACGCGUUCGUCAGCUACAGUUCCAAGGACGAGGCGUUCGUCGCCGAGGAACUGGCGCCUGUCCUCGAGAUGGGCAACCCUUCCUACAAGCUGUGCCUGCACUACCGGGACUUUCCCGUCGGCAGCUUCAUAGCCGACACGAUAGUCCAAGCGGUGGAAUCCUCGAGGAGAACUAUAAUGGUACUGUCGGAGAAUUUCAUCAAGUCAGAGUGGUGCCGCUUCGACUUCAAGUCGGCGCACCAUCAGGUGUUGCGCGAUCGAAGACGCAGACUGAUCCUGGUGCUGGUGGGCGACGUUCAUCAGCGGGACCUCGACCCAGACAUUAGGCUGUACCUCAAGACGAACACCUACUUGCAAUGGGGCGACAAGCUGUUCUGGGAGAAGCUUCGGUUCGCGUUGCCGGACGUGCCGAACAAUCAGAGGACCACGCAGAGGACGAGGCAGCCGCCGCCGGUCCGACGGCAGCACAACAACAGGACGUCCAACGGAUCGCGUACCGUCUCCGUGCACAUAUGA